UCACCGACAAAUGUUACGCUGGGUGAAAAAUCAUUUGGGCACACUCGUCUCUCAUGGGAAUAUACGUCAAGCUGUCCAGUCACGCGGUUUCACAUUACAGUAGAAACGAAGAGCAAACCGCUCCAACUUACAUCCUCCAAGAAAGAAAUAUUUUUUCCAUCACUUCCAAAGUGCGCCAAGUUUACCGCUGAUGUGUUUGGCUCAAAUCCUAAUGGGAAUGGCUUGCGUUCGAAAACUCUCGAAGUGUUCAGUCCCGAGGUCCCUGUUGCUCCAAGCUCAGUUCGCGUUACAACGGUGGCAAACACCUCAAGUAUUUCGGUCAGCUGGCGGGACAAUCCAGACUGCGAUAUUGACGGUUAUCUGGUGAGGAUCUACGCAAAAGACGGAUCUUUGGUGACGAUGUCCGAAACGACCAAUCAGCACGCUAACAUCCUGGAUGUACCAACGUGUGUUCCGCUAGUGGCCAGCGUUCAAGGACACAAUAGGGCUGGCAAUGGCUCAGAAUCAAGAAGUGCAGAGUUCACAAUACAAUCGGGUAAAACAAAAAAUGUCUACCUUACAAUUUUGCUGAAACCUCUUAGACAACUCGUGACUGGUUUCGCUCUUCUUAGGUCUUAUCAGGUAGGCGCAGUCCCCGAUUUUCCGUCAAACUUAUAUUCUAUUUGGACCCAAAUUAGACUGAUUGCUUCAAAUACACUCGUCUAUAAAUUAAUUUGGUGUUCUCGGGAGACUCGAGCGAAUCUCUCGUUUGUGAUUUUCUUCAAC